CGACCUUCCAAGUCAGCACAUUCUUCCAUGUCGUUGUACUUUCUCCUCAAGAAUAACUUUGCACGAAAACCUUUUUGGCCAUUAGUUUAUUGUCCGUCACGUGUUGUACUACCUUUGGACAGUGCUAGCCAGCAUGGAUGGGUGACAAGGUUGGCCAUUUCUUAUUCUUCGCCGCUGAACAGGGAAUCGACUGUUGUACGUAUGACAAGGGUCAAGCCUCAGGAGUCUUGACAGACCGUCGCUCUGUCACUGUCAGAAAUGCUCAUAUAACUGAGGAUGACCCUUAAGUUUCCCAAGCGUUCCCAAGUCUCCAUUGUCAAUUGCCAGUGGGCUUUAUCUACUACCAGAGAGCCGUCUCUCAUUCCUUUCGUAUUUUUUGACAUUAUUGGCCAUUGUAUCAAUUUCCAUAUACUUCAUCGUCGCCCAUCAUGAAUCGCGGAACAGUCGCUAUCGCUGUUGUGCAGCACCAAGUCAUGAUCAUACAACUUGCACAAGCUGCCUCAGACUACUCUCACCAUCGUCGUGAUCGAUGGCUGGACGUGUACACUUAUACGCCCUUUGGCGACCACCUGUUCCUGGCUUCAUCCGUCCCUCAGGCGCGCAUCGCCCCCUCAGACCUUCUUACCGUCUUCCCGUUUCGUACCACCACUACGGACAUGAUUGAGUUGCCUGCACAGGCAUAUCAGGAAUUCCUGGAGCUCAAAGUCAAGCAUCAGAAGAAACAGGAGAAUUUGUGGCGUACCUGGAAGGCCAGAUUGCGCUAAAUCAUAUGGUCCAUUUGUUUCGCAUACUAUGAGCUGAGGAAAGACGGAAUUACUUGUAUUUUUAACAUUUUUAACAAUUUCCCCGGAAUGUAGCUGGAACUAGAUACCGCAUCACAUUGUAGCCUUAGUACCUGAAUUCGAAACUGUAUCUUGGUAGAAUUUUAAGACA